GAAGCAAGACAACAUAGCCUAGCUAGCUGCUUACCAAAUCCAACGUAGCUAGCUUUGGUUGUAUCACGCGCGCGAGCACAAAUCGCAACACAUAGCCGAUACAUGGCCGCCUUCCGCCGUGCGCUGGUAGUGUUGGCGACAGUUCUGAUCCUCGUGCUGUUAUUGCUCCUCCUGGUGCCGGCCAUUGCUCACGCAGACAGCAUCGCCACCGCCGCCGCCGGCGGUAGACGUACCACCAGCAACGACGACGUUCGCCCCAACCUAAGGCGGAAGAAGAUCAUGCCUGAUCAGACCAGCAAGCUCGACCUACGCAGCUACCACCACAGAGCGGCAGCUGCUGCCGGGCGCCACCGCAAGCUACUCGAGCCCUCUCCCGGGCCUUCUCCCGCACCUUCUCCGGGGCCUUCUCCCGCGCCCUCUCCCGAGCCUUCUUCUCAGAGUGGUGAAAGCGCCGUCGAGGUCGACGUGGCGAGCUACGGAGCCGUCGGUGACGGCCAACAGGACGACACGCCGGCGUUCCGGGAAGCAUGGGCCGCCGCUUGCUCCUCGCCUCAGCCGGCCACCCUCGUGGUCCCCAGGGAGAAGACGUACCUCGUGAAGCAGACCACCUUCUCGGGCAAGUGCAAGUCCCCCGUCACCUUCAGGCUCGACGGCAAGCUGGUGGCGCCCGCCAGCCGAUCGGCGUGGCCCGAGGAGAACAUGAGGUGGUGGAUCAUGUUCCGCAACGUCGACGGGCUCACCGUGACCGGCGACGGGACCAUCGACGGCAACGGCGAGACGUGGUGGAAGAGCUCGUGCCGGGUGGACAAGAAGCUCAAGUGCGCCAACGCCCCGAUGGCGCUGCUGCUCAGCAGGUGCAACAACCUCACGGUGGAGAACAUCCAGCUACUCAACAGCCAGCAGAUCCACAUGUCGGUCGAGGACUGCCAGGACGUGCUCCUAAAGGGCAUCACCAUCACCGCCCCCGGCGACAGCCCCAUGAACGACGGCAUCCACAUUGCGCGCACCAAGGACAUCCAGGUCCUGGAUUGCGACAUUAAAACAGGGGACGACUGCAUGUCCAUCGAGACCGGAACCGAAAACCUCUACGCUUCGAGGAUAACCUGUGGCCCGGGACACGGGAUCAGCAUCGGGAGCUUAGGCGACGACAACUCCGAGGCUCGAGUCUCUAACAUAACAGUCUACAAGGCGCACCUCUCCGGCACGACCAACGGCGUGCGCAUGAAGUCGUGGCAGGGAGGAAAAGGGUACGCCAAGGACGUCACGUUCGAGGACAUAACCAUGGAGGAGGUCCAUAACCCCAUAAUCAUCGACCAGAACUACUGCACAUCGGUCGAUCCCGCCAACCCUAAGCCGUGCAAGAAACAAACUUCGGCGGUGGAGUUCAGCAACAUUCGGUUCAAGAACAUAAGGGGCACGAGCGCGACGAAAGAGGCUAUCAAGCUGGACUGCAGCGACACCGUCCCAUGCCGCGAUAUAUUGUUGCAAGACGUGAAGCUUACUUUUCAUGACCGUGGGCACAACCACAAGCACGCUUCUGCAACAAGUGUAUGCAACAACGCCAAGCUAACCGAAUCUGGCACCAACGUAGAUCCCAAGCCCUGCUGAGACAACAACAACACAUGCAUGGUUGUUGUACAUACAACCCUUAAUUUUUGUGCGUGCAAUGUACAUAGUAUAAUCUUGUGGAUAUGGAUUCGACAUUUAUAUACUGCAAAUAUUAGUAUCUGUACCAAUCAUACACCUUCUGUCAUUUAUUCGAUUACCUUCUGAGAACUGCAUUCGUAAGGCGUACAACUAAUUUCCUGGAUAAACAAGAUACUGAGUUGAUCAAAGAUUUGAUGCGUGGGUGGUGUGAAUUUCUUCGGAGGUCAUGAUCCCUAUGUUCAUGAGGUCAUUGCCCGGUGACUCGGUUCGUAGCACUCUUGAUCUUUGUU